UCCGGUUGCUUUUCACAUGUAAAUAUAUAUACUUUAGAUAUUAAUUUCCUUUCAUAACUUGAGGGAGUGACCCUUAGAGUAAUGAGAAAGGGUGAAAAUGCCUAACAGGUAACAGAAAAAUAAUAUACAAUGAGGUUUAAAUGGGCCCCACAGGCAGCAAGAUUGUUGAAUGGAGUGUUUUGUGUAUACAAACCAGAAGGAAUGUCAGAGAAAGUGCUAAGACAGAAAAUACAAGCAAAUUUAGCUAAAGAUUUAAAUGCACUUCCAUGUUAUAAAUAUGAGAGGGUGAAGAAGAAAUAUACAGAGAAUCAAACCAAAGUAUAUCCAGAUGAUUUAAAUGAAAGCUUUCAGUUACAGCCGGCCACAGAGGAAGGUCACAGUUCAUAUUUUACUCCAACAGUGACCACACUUCCAUCAGUCUGUGAAGAUAUCAGUGAACAUAGGCUUGUUUUAGGUGACAGAUAUCUUCCUGAGGAUUUUAGAAUCUCUAAUGUGACAGGACUCCAUCAUAAAUCUUCAGGAAUUAUGAUAUGUGGAAUAGGCUCAGCUACUAGAAACAAAGUUCCAUUACUCAAAUCAGCUCAGUUUCUCAGAGUUUACCAUGUGAAAGGAAGAUUUGGGUAUUGUACACACGACUUUUCUCCAGAUGGACCACUCAUUGAAAGGACAACAUUUCAUCAUAUAAACAAGGUAUUGGUAGAUAAAGUAUGUGCCUCUAUCCAGGCAAAUCAUCAAAAACAAUUAUUUGAGUAUGCAGGUGUUCAUCCACAGAGUGACGAGGCAUAUCAGUUGGCAUGUAGAGGUUUAGUUAGACCAGACACUAGUGAUACACCACCUAUGAUCUAUGGUGUCAAGUGUAUCCAUUUUGAUCUUCCUGAUAUCACACUUGAACUCCAUGCCAUAAAUGAAGAAAGUGUGUACCUCAGCAAGAUUAUACACGAUCUUGGACUACGAUUGAAAUCUUCAGCUGUGUGUCCACAGGUACGCCGUAUAAGGCAUGGACAUUUCACUGUUGAAAAUGCUUUAUUACGGAAAGACUGGAAAUUAGAAGCUAUAUUGGAUAAUAUUAAACUUUGUGAGGAGUAUACUAAACCUGAUAAACUUGUUUCUGAAUUCAAUAUUGAACAGUCCAGUGAUGAUGUAAAACUAUUACCUCAGAAUAUUUCUGGUGAAAUUAGUCAGAAAUCUCUCAUUGAGAAAUGUGCUUUAGAGUGUCAAAUACCAGAAAAAAUAAACAAUUUGCCAUAAUAUGUAUUUUUAGAUCCUUGUAUGAUAAUUUUGAUAUUGUUUAAUACACAGGCCAUUCAUCAUUUGGGCACACAUAGUUUUUUUUAUCUCAGGACAAGAAAUUUUGUUAACGCUAUUAAAAAAACAAUUUUUAUGCCCCACCUAGGGGCAUUAUGUUUUUUGGUCUGUGCGUCCAUCCGUCUGUCCUGCUUCAGGUUAAAGUUUUUGGUCAAGGUAGUUUUUGAUGAAGUUGAAGUCCAAUCAACUUGAAACUUAGUACACAUGUUCCCCAUGAUGUGAUCUUUCUUAUUUUAAUGCCAAAUUAGAGUUUUGACCCCAAUUUCACGGUCCACUGAACAUAGAAAAUAAUAGUAUGAGUGGGGCAUCAUGUACUAUGGACACAUUCUUGUUCCACUUAAUUUCGAUGGAAUUGAAAGAAAAUGGGGGUUUUUUUUCACUUCUCCUCUGAAACAAAUUAUUGUGUUUUUUUCUUUCAAGAAAUUCAAAAUUAAACUAUUUACCUGGUUUUAUAAAAAAAACAUGUCCUUCCCCACAAAAGAUGAAUGGGUGGUGCCUACACAAAGGUGUAAGUCAUUUGUUAAUUUGAUUUAAUUCAGAUGUUAUGGAUUAAUAAUAUGGUAGUGUUUAGAUAAUGUUAAUUUGUGAAACUUAUUAGGUUUAAAUCAGAUGGAUUUAUGAUAUUGAUAGUGGUUAGAUGAUAUAGGUUUGUGAAAACGUUUUGGUUUAUACAACUUUGUAGAAACCAUAAGUCAUGUGAACUGAAACCUUUAUUAGUUAUAAAAGUAUUAGAAAAACUUUGAUACCUGAUGAUGUCAUAAGUUUAGAAUACCUUUUACUUUGAAACUGUUGCCCGUUUUGGAUAUAAUGAUAGAUUUUUAUUGUGAAUUUCCACUUAAAAAAUUAUUCAGUUGUUCUAAAACAAAGAUUGCAAUUCAAUCAGACAAAGCUAACCUUGAACAUGGGACUGUACUUGAUUAGGAGUAAUGGGACAGAAUUGUAACCCUGAAAUGGAAAGUAGUGGACAAAGGGUUACGUUAUUAUAUUAAGCAGAUCCUGUGACCAAGCUUUACCUUGUGAAAGAAGCGUGAAGACUGGAACAGCAUUUCAAUCAGAUUGCUUUUGAUGUCAUUGUGUUUAACUUCAAAAUGUUUUGCUUCAGUGAUCAUGUGGCUUUAAAUCAUACUUACAUCUUGAGUUAAGUUCUAAGAUACUUAAUUAUUUUUAAUCAUGAACAUUUGCUGUAAGGAUAAAUAUCUUGUACAGUAUAACAGUUUCCAACCAGGAUUAACAAGUCAAUCUUAAGUGACUUGUUAAUUUUUUACAUUAGAGAGUAGAAUUAUACAGCAUCGUAUCAUUUCAAUAUAAAAAAAAAUAUUGUGAAUGUUUUUCUUGAUACUUAUCAAUAUUAUGAAAGAACAGAGAAUUAGAAAUGUUUUUAUUUUCAAAGAAUAUUUGAAAAAAAAACAUUUAGACAAAUUUCAUAUAUUUACUGGCUAGGUCUUCAAAUGAGUCCUCCUUGGUACAACUGAUCAGAUGAUUGACUGUCAGUUUUAUAUCCAUUGUUUCAAAUAUCAUUGCUUACAUUACAUAUGUCCUUGGUAUGGAAGUUUUUAAUUAUUUCAUGUUUUAAUUUUGUAAAUUAUUUGGCACUUAAUAUUAAAAAAAUAACAAAAUACAUAUAAUAAAUCAAGGAGAAAAAAACACAAUUCACAGACCAAACCAUUGUUUAUAUACAGUACUGAAAUCUGAUUCAGAAAAAGAACCAUAAUUCUUCAACAAGUUAAACAACAUUUGUGCAGGUUUCCUCACAUGAUAUCUGUUAUCACUGAUUCCAUUUGAAGAGAAAAAGGGAUAGUGAUUUCUGCUCUCUAUAUCAUGUGGUUCUUUGUAUAAUUCAGAAUGGCCAUCAAACUGAUCACUUCUGGAAUGUCUUAAAUUAGUAUCAAAUGUGGAUCCUUCAGAACCAAGAGUUUGCUCUGGGAACAUAAGUCUGCUUCCAAAUCGUCUAUAGUUUUGUGACGGAAUAUAAUCAUUAUAGAUCAAAAUAUUAUAUGUUGUUUGAAUAUUCUCUGUGGAGUCACUUCCUUUUACAUUAAAUGAUGAUUCUAAAAAUGAAAAAAAGCAUAUCAGUUAUAUACCAACAUUUAAUAUGUGCUCAAAGAUCUGAUGGUUUUCACAUUUUCAGGUGAAUUUGGGUUAUUUUCAAUAAGUUAAAGAAAAAUAUGAAAAACUUUAUUAAGAAGUAGAAGGUUUUAGAAGUAACUAUUUAAGUUUUUAUCAUGUUUGAAUGUUCCUUCUAGGUUAUAUAACUAUAGAAAAUUAUCAUUUAGACUAAGCCUAGUGGUUCAUAUUUAGUAUAUCUUACCAACUGUAUUGAAAUCCCUCCCAUUCACUACAGAACAGAUAAUUAUCAGAAUUAUUACAGCAGGUUCUAUAUUUUCCAUUUUAUGGCCUUAUACUGAAAAUAAAAUGUUCAAUUUGGUUAUAACAAAAAUAAAAAUGAAGAUAC